AUGCAUCCGAGCAAUCGACUGGAUAGGUGUGGAGCGGAUAACGAACAGUCAAACUCACAGGAAGUGGUGGCGAGCCAUGGCGAAACGGGUAAUGAAAGAAUAGAUGGGACAACGACGCCUGGCUCAGACACUGAAGACGGUAUUGAUGGGGAAGCUUUGCUACAACUAUUGGAUUCAGCUCCGGGUUCACUAUUGGCUGAGAUGGGACAUGAAAUGGUAUCUGCGAUAGGAACACUAUACAACAUCCGGUUUCGAAGCAGUGGAAAGGUAGAAGACAUCGAAAAGGCAGUCAAGUAUCACAAUUGGGCACUGGACCUGACUCCUGACGACCAUCCACGCUUGCCAGACCGACAUACCAGUCUGGGAGUGUCAUACUCCGAUCGAUAUCGACGCACGGGCGAGGUGGCGGACCUAGUCAAGGCAAUCGAAUGCGACACUCGUGCACUGGACCUGACUCCUGACGGCCAUCCAGACUUGGCAGACCGACAUGCCAGUCUGGGAGUGUCAUAUGGCCAUCGCUACAAACGUACGGGCGAGGUGGCGGACCUAGUCAAGGCAAUCGAAUGCAAGACUCGUGCACUGGACCUGACUCCUGACGGCCAUCCAGACUUGGCAGACCGACAUGCCAGUCUGGGAGUGUCAUACACCGAUCGAUAUCAGCGCACAGGCGAAGUGGCGGAACUGGCCAAGGCAAUCGAAUGCCACACUCGUGCACUGGACCUGACUCCUGACGGCCAUCCAGACUUGGCAGACCGACAUGCCAGUCUGGGAGUGUCAUAUGGCGAUCGCUACAAACGUACGGGCGAGGUGGCGGACCUAGUCAAGGCAAUCGAAUGCGACACUCGUGCACUGGACCUGACUCCUGACGGCCAUCCAGACUUGGCAGACCGACAUGCCAGUCUGGGAGUGUCAUACUCCGAUCGAUAUCGACGCACGGGCGAGAUGACGGACCUGGCCAAGGCAAUCGAAUGCUUUACUCGUGCACUGGACCUGACUCCUGACGGCCAUCCAGACUUGGCAGACCGACAUGCCAAUCUGGGAGUGUCAUAUGGCCAUCGAUAUAAACGCACAGGCAAGAUGUCGGACCUAGUCAAGGCAAUCGAAUGCAAGACUCGUGCACUGGACCUGACUCCUGACGGCCAUCCAUCCUUGGCAGACCGACAUGCCAGUCUGGGAGUGUCAUACACCGAUCUAUAUGAAUGCACGGGCGAGAUCGCAGACCUGGCCAAGGCAAUCGAAUGCGACAGUCAUGCACUCGCGCUCACUCCUGGCGGCCAUCCCGAUUUGUCUAAACGCCACUUCAAUUGGGCCUACAUAUCACAUCUUCGAUAUAAGCGUACUCGUCACUCCUUUCACCUUUCCGCCUCUCUUCACUCCUUUCGCAAGUCCUCCCAGCUCCUCACUGGUCCACCUCGUGAUGUGUUUGACAAUGCUCAGCGUUGGGCAGCCCUCGCGUCUGAGCACUCCUAUCUCUGCCCCAUCGAAGCCUUCCGUGCCACAAUCGACCUUCUCCCUCACUACAUAUGGCUUGGCUCUACCAGUGCUCAGCGCUACCACGACUUGUCAAUGACUAAGAAUCUUGCCGUACGAGCUGCGUCUGCUGCUAUCCAGUCUUCCGAGUACAGGCUGGCACUAGAGUGGCUGGAGCACGCACGAUGCGUGGUAUGGAACCAGAGUCUAAUGCUUCGAACUCCUUUGGAUGACCUGAGAGCGCUCCACCCCGGCCUUGCAUCUCAGCUGCAGCAGACUUCCCAUGAGCUUCACCAGGCAGCUUCUGGAGCUUCUCCAUCCGGCGCUGAUCCAUCUGGCACCCAUACCCCAGAGCGUCGCCAUCAUUUGGCUGAACAAUACGCCAAGCUACUAGAGCAGGUACGCCAGCAUCGUGGGUUCGAGCACUUUCUGCUGCCCAUCAAAUCCGAUCGUCUCCUUCGCGCUGCUCGAUAUGGGCCUGUCGUGGUCAUCAACUGUCACGGAGCUCACUGUGACGCCCUUUUCAUCUUGCCCGGACGCGAUCAUGUCAGUCAUCUUAGCCUUCCCAAGUUUGAUCAACAGAAAGCGCAAAAGGCUCGGUCGGAAAUAGAACGACUGCUUCGAGAUAAAGGCAUUCGGGAGCGUACGUACAGGAUCAAGUUUCGUCGGCUGGGAGACACCGAGCCAGACGCUGGACCUGUGCUUGCCUCGUUGUGGCAUGAUGUGGUGAGGCCGGUGCUUGAUCAUCUGGGCUACAUGAACGACCAUUCGAGUGGUACUCUACCUCAUAUCACUUGGUGUCCGACUGGCAUCAUGUCCUUCUUGCCAUUACAUGCAGCCGGGGACUACGACCAGCCGCGGUCAAAAGUGUUCGAUUAUGCGAUCUCAUCAUAUACCCCGACUCUCACCGCUCUCCUUAGCUCUGCUCCUCGAUCUCUCAACCAGGCUACUAAAGUACUUGCUAUCGGUCAGACUAACACACCCGGCUGUAGCUCGUUGCCUGGCACCGCUAGGGAGCUGGCCUGUCUCGAGUCUCAUACCAGAGGCAAAGCCAGCUACUCGCAGCUAGUGGAGGACGAAGCGAUGGCUACGACUGUGCUGGAUGCAAUGGAGCAGCAUGACUGGGUGCACCUUGCCUGCCACGCCCACCAGAACCUCAAAGACCCAACGCAGAGCGGGUUCUACUUGCACGGCGGCACUCUGGAACUUUCAGCCAUCAACCAGCGGACGUUCCGGGACAAGGGGCUUGCGUUCCUGUCCGCCUGUCAGACUGCUACAGGCGACAAGGAGCUACCGGAUGAAGCGAUACAUCUGGCAUCGGGAAUGCUGAUGGCGGGAUAUCCGAGCGUGAUUGCGACGAUGUGGUCUGUGAUGGAUGAGGAUGCGCCUUUCGUGGCGGACAAGGUGUAUGCACGGCUGAUGCAGGAUGGACAGGUGGGGAAUGGGGAACCGGGAAAGGCGCUACACGAUGCUGUGGCGGGGCUGCGUGAGAAGGUCGGGGAGAAGGAGUUUGCUCGAUGGGUGCCGUACAUUCACAUGGGCUCAUAG